GGGCGCCAUCGGCUGGACAUAUCAUUAUUCCACACAUAAAACGAUGACCUGGAGGGAGGCCAGAUUGUGGUGUCAGACUCACUACACAGACCUGGUGGUAAUUCAGAACCAGGAGGAGAACAACCACCUCGUCACCGUGCUGUCGGACAGAACCGCGAGUCCGUAUUACUGGAUCGGAAUCAAAAGGACCCUCGAAAGUGAAAUCUGGAGCUGGGUGGGGGACAACAGCACGUGGAUUGGUAACCAGUCGUGGGCGGAGGAUGAGCCAAACAAUGCGCACGACAUGGAGCUGUGUGUGGAGAUCUACGUCAACCAGAAUAAAAACAGAGGGAGGUGGAACGACGAGAAAUGCAGCAGUAGGAAAUACCCCGCGUGCUUUAAAGCUGGAAAGGAUCCUGAGGAGUUAGCGCAGCGGAACGCCAGCUUGCAUGUCGUCCCAGCGGCGGAACUCAUCCCUCUGCCCCAGCCUGCCGACGAGUUCCUGAACUGCUCAGAUGAUCAACAGAUGAUCAACUCCACCUGUUCAUUUAACUGCUCCCAAGACUUCCUGCAGCUGGACUCAGCCAAGCUCACCUGUACUGACAUUGGUGUUUGGACUGGUCAAAGACCAGUUUGCAUAAGCUUUACGCAGGCUCUGAUGGCCGUGGUGGGAUGUGGCUCCUUCUCCACCAUCUGCAUCGUCUGUUUCUGCUGCAUAUGCCACAGGAAACGAAAGAAACUUGCCCAACCAAGGGAUCUUGCAGAGGUGGCAAGUCCACAGACACACUGCUGAAGGACAAAGGAGUCUCCAUUUUGAUUGUUGUUCAACACCACCGUCUGCCACGUGAUUAAAGUUAUUACUUAAUGCAAAGGGGAAAGGGC